AUGAAUUAAACUUGCAAAUAGUCGAAUCUUUAGAAGUAAAAGAUUUCCUUCAUUUCUAUUAAUGAAAAGCAGUUUCAUUUGAAACUGUAAGAAAAUAAAUAUUCAAAAGCUUUAAAACCAAUUUUUUUAUAGGCAAAAUCUUCUUCUCUUAAGAAUUUAGAUUUAGACACAUCAUCAAAGUAAUCAAAAAAUUAAAGUUCCGAUUCAUAAAUGAAUGAAUCCUUUGAAGAUAAUAAGAGUUGUUGUUGUUUGGAUUGUGGAACAGUAGGUAAGAAGGUUAAACAUUUGUAGAAAAAGUUUAUAAUCUUCACAACCAAAAUGUCAGUACUUAAAAAAUAAAGAUUAUCAAAGAGAUUCUAAAAUGCAGUUUUCUGUAUCAUGUAUCUAUAGGUUAAGUGGAAGAAAAUUAGAUAAUAAGAAAGAGCAAAAAAAUUAUAUAGGUUUAAAACUAAAGUUUUUGAAAACCAACCUUUUUUCUUUGGAUAAUAACAUCUUAAUGUUAACCAUAUUACAUAUAAUAAUUCUUAAAUUCCUAACGAAGAAAAAGGAAAUCUAAAUUAACAAGUUUAAUCUAUACAAGCUUAAAUUAUAGAUUAAAAACAUAAAUAGAGAAAUUCAGUAAGACUUUAUUUAUAAAAAAAAUUGAAUAACAAAACAGAAUCUUCAGGCAUACUACCAACAAUUGCUUAUGCUAAAUAUCAAAUUUCACUUACAAAUUAAAUCCUUAAACCAAUUAAGACUUAGAAAACUUUGGGUGAUGAAUAAAAAUCUUCAAAAAAAGAAUAUAAUUUACUUAAUUAUAACUCUUCUAUGAUAAAUUCUCCCUACCUCAAUUAGUUUAAUGGAUUAAAACCAUAAGAAUAAUGCCUUUCUUAAUUAAAAUCCCCUAGAUCUAUUAUUAAGAGUAUAUAAUCAGAGACUUUCUUUCCUUAUAAAUAAAAUAUAUCUAAAUUUAGAAAAAAUCUUAUAAAAAGAUGA